AUGACCGCUCAAAAGGCUUAUUGCCUCAUAGUGCUAAUCGUCUCAGCUAUUUUUACGAUUUCCACAAGAGUGGAAGCCAUCGGCGUUUGCUAUGGGACGCUCGGCGACAACUUGCCGCCGCCGGCUGAGGUCGUGGCCAUGUUCAAAUCCAACGGAAUCGACAGCAUGAGGAUCUACAAUCCCAACCACGAUAUACUGGGGGCCCUGGCAGGCUCCGGCAUCGCCCUCAUCGUGCAGUUCCUCGUCGCCCACGGGUCGCCGCUCCUCAUCAACAUCUACCCUUACUAUGCCUACACGAGCCAGCCGGAUCAUCUCCCGCUGUCCUACGCCUUGUUCAACUCCACCGGAGUGGUGGAGCGCGACGGGAAGUUAGGUUACCAGAAUUUGUUCGACGCGAUGGUGGAUACGUUCGUGGCGGCUUUGGAGAAAGCCGGCGGAGGGAACGUGGGCCUGGUGGUCUCCGAGAUCGGUUGGCCGUCGAACGGCGCCUUCGGGGCGAACGCCGACAGCGCCCGCGUCUUUAACCAGAAUUUGAUCGACCAUGUGUCCAAAGGGACGCCGAGGAGGCCUGGGGUUCCGAUCGAGACCUACUUGUUCGGAAUGUUCAAUGAAAACCAAAAAGGUCCGGCGGAGAUAGAGAAGUUCUUCGGUCUGUUCUACCCGGAUAAGACGCCUGUGUAUCCUAUAAGGUUCGUCUGA